AUGAGUCACACAGUUACUACUGCCUCGUCUUAUUCUACGCUUAUUAACCACGUCCAGCAUCCGAUGCCUGACCCUGGCGCGCCUGCCCCCUCCGACAAUGACUCUCCCACUUCCGACGCAAGUGUUUCCUGUGCAGAUUCGACGGUAUGGAGCCAGAAUCUGUCUGCGUCGUUCGGUGCUAUCGUAGACCAGAUUAACGCGGCGUUCCAGACGCUUGAGGCCAACCAUAGCCAUGGGGAUACGGCGAAUGCGCUCGCAGGGAUCGCGGCGCGCCUGCGCAUGAUUGAGGAAAACCAAGAGCGGCUUGCGGAGGAGCUGCAAGCAGUCAAGGCACAGCUUGGCAGGCACCAUACGAAUGGAAAGGAGCGUGAGGAGAUGGUGAUCGAAACGCUUGGAGAGGAGGCUGAGCCUGUCGACCUCGCAAAGGCUGUGCAGGAGUUGACUAAGAAAGUGGAUGGUCUUGCAAAUACUGUCAAGCUCGACCAACAGCGCUUGCAUGCCCGCCUGAUGAAUUCGAACAUCACGACGAAGAAGGAGACACUCAAACCUGUCAUUGGCAACAAUGGAAAGCCGCCGCAAAACUACCCUGCUACCAAAGGCGAAUUUGAGCACAUAACUAAGGAACGAUACGAAGAAUUCAUGAAGGCGUACGGACUGCCUAUCAAAGGAGAUACCAACACCAAGCGAGAGGUCUUGCGCGAGUUCUUAGGGUUAACUCCCUUGCAGUAA